CGGGCGUGCACCGAGCAAAAAAACUUGCGGCAGGAACUUGCUACCCAGGGACAAGGAGCAGGAGAGAAGGAGGCAGGGAGAGACUUGCACUGUCUCAGUAACUUUCAAAACACCCCUUUCAGGAGAUGAGGAUGGCAUGCCGCUAUAAAUUCAUUGUUCCACCUCCUCGCAUCUUCACAGCGCUCGCGCUGCUCUCCGCGCUCGCAGCGGCCGACUGGGGAUGACGGCGGGCAGGACGACACUGCAUCCGAAGGGACACGGACGCGCCGCUUCGCUGGCUGCCCGCAGGCCGCGCCUGGCAUUUUUUGUUUCAAUUUUUAUGGCUUUUCUCCCUCUCUUUCUUCCUUUCCUCCUGGUUCUAGUAGAGUCAAGGACACCCACAGAAUAAGAAAAGGACUGGGCUCCGGAGCUUGGAACCCCCGCUGCCGGCGGGUCCAGAGCAGCGAGGGGGCGGGAGGCCGCGCGCACCAGUUGCCAGCCUGGUGCGCGACACCAUCCGUACUUUUUGUCGUGCACCGUUAGUGGCUGCACUGGGGGUUCGAUUUGGGUUAUUACCCCCCCCUUUCCUUGUAUUUGCGGAACCUCCACAACCCGGCGUCCCCCCCCCCUUUUUUUUCCUUUUUAUUCCCCCCCCCCUUUUUUUUUUCCGGAGCACGCAUCCAAACAUUUUCCAAAGCAACAAAGAAAAGUUCGCACGCUGGCACCGAGGCCGGGACCGGCUGGCGCUGCCGCCAGGCCCUCCUCCCUCCGACACUUGACUCAGCCUUGCAAGCAAGUGUGUGUUGAGCCCCCCACCUCCCGCCCCGGUCACUUCCACGCCGAAUAACAGAUACCCAUCAAGUCCCCGUCGCGCGGCCCCUCCCCGCGGGCGGCGCACUAUGCUGCUCGGGUGGGCGUCCCUGCUGCUGUGCGCGCUCCGCCUGCCCCCGGUCGCGGCCGGCCCCGCCGCGGCACCUGCCCAGGAUACAGCCGGGCAGCCUCGGGCUGCCGCAGCGUCCGCCCAGCCCCGCGGGCGGCAGGGGGAGGAGGCGCAGGAGCGGGCCGAGCCUCCGGGCCACACGCACCCCCUGGCGCCGCAGCGCAGGAGCGGCGGGCUGGUGCACAACAUCGACCAGAUCUACGCCGGCGGCGGCAAGGUGGGCUACCUCGUCUACGCGGGCGGCCGGAGGUUCCUCCUGGACCUGGAGCGCGAUGGCUCGGUGGGCGCCGCUGGCUUUGCGCCCGCGGGAAGCGGUCCGGGUGCCAGCCGGCGCCACCGGGACCACUGCUUCCACCGCGGCACCGUGGACGGCAGCCCCCGCUCCCUGGCUGUCUUUGACCUCUGCGGCGGGCUCGACGGCUUCUUCGCGGUGAAGCACGCGCGCUACACCCUGAAGCCGCUGCUGCGCGGGCCCCGGGCCGAGGCAGAGGCCGGGCGAGUGUACGGAGAUGGGUCCUCGCGGAUCCUGCACGUCUACACCCGCGAGGGCUUCAGCUUUGAGGCCGUGCCGCCGCGCGCUAGCUGCGAGACUCCCGCGUCCCCGCCAGGGCCUCGCGAGCGCCCCCCGGCGCACGGCAGUCCAGACCCACGCUGGGAGCUGGCCCCGCAGUUCCCGGACCAGACGGUUCCCUCCUCCGAGGGGACCCAGGGACCCCAGACGUGGUGGCGGCGGCGGCGCCGCUCCAUCUCCCGGGCCCGCCAGGUGGAGCUUCUCCUGGUGGCUGACGCGUCCAUGGCGCGGAUGUACGGCCAGGGCCUGCAGCACUACCUGCUGACCCUGGCCUCCAUCGCCAACAGGCUGUACAGCCACGCCAGCAUCGAGAACCACAUCCGCCUGGCCGUGGUGAAGGUGGUGGUGCUGGGUGACAAGGACAAGAGCCUGGAGGUGAGCAAGAACGCGGCCACCACGCUCAAGAACUUUUGCAAGUGGCAGCAUCAGCACAACCAGCUGGAGGAUGACCACGAGGAGCAUCACGACGCGGCCAUUCUGUUCACGCGGGAGGAUUUAUGUGGGCAUCAUUCAUGUGACACCCUGGGAAUGGCAGACGUUGGGACCAUAUGUUCCCCGGAGCGCAGCUGUGCUGUGAUUGAAGAUGAUGGCCUCCAUGCGGCUUUCACCGUGGCUCACGAAAUUGGACAUCUACUUGGCCUCUCCCAUGAUGAUUCCAAAUUCUGUGAAGAGAACUUUGGUUCCACAGAAGAUAAGCGCUUAAUGUCUUCCAUCCUAACCAGCAUCGACGCGUCCAAACCCUGGUCCAAGUGCACUUCAGCCACCAUCACAGAAUUCCUGGAUGAUGGCCAUGGUAACUGCUUGCUAGAUCUACCACGCCAACAGAUAUCGGGCCCUGAGGAGCUCCCCGGACAGACGUAUGAUGCCACCCAGCAGUGCAACCUGACGUUCGGCCCUGAGUACUCGGUGUGCCCCGGCAUGGAUGUGUGCACGCGCCUGUGGUGUGCCGUGGUCCGCCAGGGCCAGAUGGUGUGUCUGACCAAGAAGCUGCCAGCCGUGGAAGGGACGCCAUGUGGGAAAGGGAGGAUUUGCCUGCAGGGCAAGUGUGUGGACAAGACCAAGAAAAAAUAUUAUUCAACAUCAAGCCAUGGCAACUGGGGAUCCUGGGGGCCCUGGGGCCAGUGUUCUCGCUCGUGUGGGGGAGGAGUGCAGUUUGCCUAUCGCCAUUGCAAUAACCCCGCACCCAGAAACAGUGGUCGCUACUGCACAGGGAAGAGGGCCAUCUACCGUUCCUGCAGCGUCACACCCUGCCCACCCAAUGGGAAAUCUUUCCGUCACGAACAGUGUGAGGCCAAAAAUGGAUAUCAGUCUGAUGCGAAAGGAGUCAAGACAUUUGUGGAAUGGGUCCCCAAAUAUUCAGGUGUCCUGCUGGGGGAUGUGUGCAAACUGACCUGCAGAGCUAAGGGGACUGGUUACUACGUGGUGUUUUCUCCAAAGGUGACGGAUGGGACCGAAUGCAGGCCGUACAGUAACUCCGUGUGUGUCCGGGGGAAGUGUGUCCGGACUGGCUGUGACGGCAUCAUCGGCUCCAGGCUGCAGUAUGACAAGUGCGCAGUGUGCGGGGGAGACAACUCCAGUUGCACCAAGGUGGUCGGGACCUUCAAUAAAAAAAGUAAGGGUUACACUGAUGUGGUGAGGAUCCCCGAAGGGGCAACCCACAUAAAAGUCCGACAGUUCAAAGCCAAAGACCAGACUCGAUUCACUGCCUACUUAGCCCUGAAGAAGAAAAAUGGUGAGUACCUUAUCAAUGGGAAGUACAUGAUCUCCACCUCGGAAACCAUCAUCGACAUCAAUGGAACAGUCAUGAACUACAGUGGUUGGAGCCACAGGGAUGACUUCUUGCAUGGGAUGGGCUACUCAGCCACGAAGGAAAUUCUAAUAGUGCAGAUUCUUGCAACAGAUCCAACGAAAGCAUUAGAUGUGCGCUACAGUUUUUUCGUUCCCAAGAAGUCCACCCAAAAAGUAAACUCUGUCACUAGCCACGGCAGCAAUAGAGUGGGCUCACACACUCCACAGUUGCAGUGGGUGACAGGCCCAUGGCUCGCCUGUUCCAGGACCUGUGAUACGGGCUGGCACACCCGGACGGUCCAGUGCCAGGAUGCAAACCGGAAGUUAGCGAAGGGAUGCCUUCUCUCCCAGAGGCCUUCUGCGUUUAAGCAAUGUUUGCUAAAGAAAUGUUAGCCUGUGGUCAUGAGCUUACGCAGAGCUAACUGGAUGAUUCAUCACUGAUCAGUCGUGGCAAAUGGUGGUGAUCAGUCAUGGUAAACAAGAGGUCUACCUGAAGCACAGAAAGUCACGCUUCAAUGUCAUUGUCCACAGGAGUCUAAUUAUGGGCAGAAUCUGCUCUCUGUGACCAAAUGGAGAUGUGCACUGCUUCGUGCGACAGUAGUGACCUUGGAAUACAGAACAACUUGGGAGUUAUUGAACAUCCCCUGGGCUACAAGAAUGAAAAAACACUGGUGAAUGUAGAAUCAGGGGACAUUUGAAGAUGGCAGAACAGUCUCCCCUUUGUCACCUACCUCUUAUAGAAUGUCUUCAAAGGCAUCAUAAUCAUUCUCAUCCAUAAUACACAGUAGCUUCUUUUUACUGUUUGUAAA